CUCGCACUGUCAUAUUGACUUCCUGUAUAAGAGAAUCAACUAUCGAGGCUCGUGGAUGAAGUUCCAGAUGAUGUAUGCCGACACAUUCAUGCAUAACUACUAUGCCUGCGUUACGAACUUCUGUGACCCGAAUAGUUUCAGAGAUAAUGGCAUGUGGAAGCAGAUUCUUCCCGAGGACGGCGUCUAUGGUUCGUUUGGAUGUCAUCCGAAAUCGGCCACUGAUUACACAGAUGAGAAGGAGGAGUUCCUCAAGCAUAUCAUCCAUCAUUCUAAAGUCGUUUCCCUGGGAGAGAUUGGGUUGGAUUAUUCAAGAGGGUUUGAUGAGCACAGGGAGUGCCAAAAAGAAGUGUUUGUUCGUCAGUUGAAGAUUGCAGUACAGAACAAAAUGCCUCUGGUGAUUCACUGUCGGGAAGCUGAGGAGGACUGCUUAUCAUUGAUGAUGGAGCAUGUGCCACAAGAUCAUCUGAUUCAUCGCCACUGCUUCACUGGCCACUGGUACGAACUGGAGCCGUGGUUGGCCUACUUCAGUAAAUGUUACGUCGGUCUGACUCCGCUGGUUACUUUCCGGUCGGCAGAAUGUGUCCAUGAUGUGGCGAGGCGGCUGCCGCUAGAACGAUUAUUACUAGAAACGGAUGCACCUUACUUCAGGCCGCCAUAUGUGGACAAGGAUGACAUGAACUACUCGACUCCCGGGAUGGCUAUCUGUGUCGCUCACGAGGUGGCUAGGCUACGUGGUAUACCAAUGGAUGAUGUGCUUUUGAAAGCUCGAAGUAAUACUUUGGCAAUGUACGGAGUGUAACGAAAAAGUGUAAAGGACUUGUUCAGUUUUUAGAAUUUUACUGUGAGGUUCAGAGGGCAGACUCUUUCUCUAAGAUUUAACCACCAAUAAAUGUGGCUUGUGAAAAAAAGAAAGAAAGAUUCUCUGAGCACAAGCGUACUGAUUGACCGACAUGUGCUUUAGGUGUGGCAAGUAAAUGGUCGCACAAAGAUCUGAUUUAGACAUUGUAAGAUAAUUUAGUGACAGUAACAGCGGGAAUAUAAAGUCAAUACACAGCCGAUAAAAGGUGUAG